AUGAAAUCCAAAUUUUCUGAUAGUAUUGAUAAAUGGCGUGAUAACAUACAUCAUCGUGUUGACGAAUAUUGUAAGAAAAAACGAGAAGAAUUCACUGAUUUACUUGAUCAGGAAACAGAAAAACAAAAAGCUGAUAUUAACCAACUGGAAGCUCGAAUCAUUCAAUUAAAAGAAGAACAAAAUCUUACACAAGAAUCAAUUGAUUCAAUGAAAAAUUCAAUUAAAUCGUUUAACGAACGAAUAAAUCAAGUUGUUAAUGUUGAAUCAACAUUUUCUCUAUUAACAAUUGACGAUCAUCUAAUUAACAUUAGCUUGGAUAAAUCAGUAUUUAAGUAUCCUUUUCCACUCACAAAGCCAUAUCAAGAGAUUAAAUUCCAAGGAAAUAAUGGCUGUAUAGCAGUAAAUGAUGAUCAUUUAGUGGUUAUUCAAAGUAAUAUGGUUUGUGUGUACAAUCGACAAUGGCAAAUUUUAAAAGCAUUUCAAUGGCCUUAUGGUAAUCUUUAUAAUGUGUUAUGGUCCAAUGUGCUUGGUCUUUUUAUUUUUAUUGCUGAGAAAAAACUUGUAAUAUUCAAUGACAAAGUUAUGGGACUUAAUUCAUUUCCACUUGCUGAAAAACAUAAUGCAAUUGACUUUUAUAGUGGAGCAUGCUCAGGCAAUAGUUUAUUUUUAAUAACAUCGUCUUGGAGUCCAUCUAUAUGUGAAUAUAUUCUUCGACCAUUAGUUGAAUUUAAGCAAGAACAUCAGUUAUCUGUUCCUUUUACAAGUGACGAACAGGUUCUUCAUUGUGCAGCGAAUAAUGAAAUUUUGGGGAUAAUUGUGAAAAAUAAAAAAGAUGAAAUUCGUUUUGAUCUCUGCUUAACAACAACUAUGCAACGGUAUUUUACAGUUCAGUUAGAUUUAACCGUUAGAGAUCACCAAAUACGCUGUUGUUCAUUAAAUAAUGGUCAUUGGAUGACGGUAUGCCCGAGUUGUUCAACACUUUAUCACGUCGUUGACGGAAAAGUAGUCGUUGAAAAACAUACUUAUGAAUCAUCACCUAGAAAUGCUAUUCUUGCAGACAAGAAUAAUCUUCUUAUAUUAACAGAAAACUCGAUUAAUAUACACAGAUUACCAUAA